GAUGCUCUGCCUUAUCCAAUAAAUCCAACCAAGCAACAACAACAGCUGUUAUAACAAGAAUUGAAAAUUGAAGCAAGGGCUAAAGUGGAUGGUUGAUAAAUACUUAUGUUCUUUCCAGCUUUAUGAGAUUCCCAUUCCCCUCUUUCAAGGGCUUAAAUCCAAAUCAUAUAGCAUCCAAAGCCCUUUUUUAUGUGCUCUCUCUAUUAUUCUUCUGCUGAGUCUUGAGCCCUGAGCUGAUCAAAGAAGGCUAGGCAGGAAAUCUCGGGACAGAGGCUUUAUUUAGAAUGAAGAAUUGGGCUGCUCCUCUCAUAGCUUCAGGGCUGUUUGCAUUUUUGUCACCAGGGUUGGUGUUUCAGAUGCCUGGCAAGGAACGUCCCUUCGAAUUUAUGAACAUGAAGACCAGCGUGGCCUCCAUAUUCUUGCACGCUGUUAUCUACGGUUUGCUCAUCAUUCUGUUUCUUGUUAUUCUUGACAUUCACAUCUAUGCUUAGGAAGCAGCUGCCAUCUCAAUUGUCAUUUUCUCAAAGAAAAGAAAAGGUGUGGUUUUUAGGAUUCUAGCAGACCAGUUUAGUGCUUUUACGUGAAAGAAGGAUUUGGUUCUGUUGUUUUACUCUUUUCAUUUACUACCACUGGUGCUGUUGUGCUACUUGUAUGUAUUAUUACCUUCAUGAAUUCUCCUUUGUGCAAUGAAAAAACUAUAAUUGAUGCA